AUGGAGGCGGAGUGGUACGAGGACAGCGCCAUGACUUACUCCGCCAACAUCGCGGACGGGACGGCCACGGACAGCGCCGCGCACGUCGGCGACAUCUUCAACGCCAUGAGGGAGACCAAGGGCCAGAACAUCAUCACGGGCGAGGCGAGGGCGGUGCAGGUCGCAGCCCCAGGCCCCGCGUCUUCGGCCCCUUCGAAUGGCGAGGAACGCCUGGCCGAGGCUGAGCAGCGGCCUGCUCCUGAGGAGGAGGAUGAGGAUGAGGACAUGGAGGAUGAAGACGUCCUGAUGGGUUUUCUCGGCUUCGGCACCGAGGACGAUCGGAGCAGCGGCGCCGGCGCGGGCAGCUCCGCCGCUGCUUCCACUGCUUCUGGCGGUGCAGAGGGCCGCCGCGGGGCUAGCGGCGGCGGCGCAGGAGGGCGCCGGGCGGCGGGGCAGGCGGCCGCGGCUCGGGCAAGCGGAGGCGCUCGCGAAGCGGCCAUGUCUAGCGAGCCCCCUCCGCUGAGCAAGUUGAGCGGCGGCGGCGGUGCCGGUGCCAGGAAGAGGAAGGUUGCUGGCGGGGAGCCCGAGCUCCCGCCAGAGAAGGUCGUCGGCUUCGCAAGGCAGCAGAUGAAGCGCAUGGAGGGCUACAACGAACAGUUCACAACGGGGCAGCGCGCCACAGUCCUGGCAUUCGACAAGAAGCAUUUCAAGGCGGUCAAGACGGUCACGGAUGCCCUUCUCAGUAAGCAGGCGCAAGUCGGGCAGCCCUUGCGGGACGAGAUCUCGCUCGUCAUCAAGAUCGCCGAGUGCUGCGUCAGGAGCAUCAAGGCCUACAAGCAGUGGGCUCGCAGCGGGAACGAUCAAGAGUUCGUGACCGAGCACUGGCAAAUAGUCAAGUUUGCUGGCGAGGAUCCCUCGUUCGUGUUGGCUUUCCCUCCAUGCUAUCGCCAGUGUUUAUUGGAGGUGGAGUGGUUCUUCGGCCUUGUCAAGGACGCGAUCGACGGCAACACUGAAUCCAUGAAGCAGAGGUUCGCGAAGAUCUCCAAGGAAUCCGCCCAGGGCCUCAUGACCUUAGACGAGUUGGCGGUAUGGCAGGAGGACUCCAGGGAGAGGCUCACCGACGCCUUGGUGGAGCUCGUGACCAAGCCUGGGGAGAAGGCGGCCAAGAGCAUUGCCUUUCAGGCUGGCAUGUUGAGAGUGUUCCUAUCACCUGUCCCGAGGCUCGGGUCAGCGUCGACUUCUCUGUGCGCGCACCUCGAGCGCCCCAUGCAACUACUGCGCCUCGCCUUCGACGUAUCCGCAUACCCAGGCAACGUCGACGCUGUCAAUGACGCGUUGAUUGAGAUCGGCCGCAAGGCAGGUACCGUCCUGAAGAUUUUCACAACGGCCAGUGGUGCGAAAUUGAUAGGGCACUUGCAGAGCCAGGUGGCCGCCCAGGGCCGCAAGGAGCAGUCGUCCGCCCGGCUCGCCAGCCUCCUCGACACGCACCGUGGCGAACACGCAGGAGAGCAGACGCGCGAGGCGAUCGUCCGCGCGGACGAGGAGCUCGAGGCCCUCGGCUAUCAGGACCCCGCGACCUCACAGCACGUGGAGAAGUUCCUCAUCAUACUUCGCAUCGAGAUUGCAUCCAUUGGCAAGGACGCGGGGGAGCUCGCGGACCUUGUCGUUAAGAAGGAGAUUGAGCCCAUCGAGAUGUCGCUGAAGAAGGGGCCGAUCGUGGACAGGAUCAAGUGCAUCAAGAACCUGAAGUACUUCACUGGCGCGCAGAAGGUCACGGGGGGCAUGGAGUCGACGGUGAUCGACGCGUUGGCGACCUUCUCCGACUGUCCGCUGGAGCCCAUGCAGGAUGGUUACGCGGGCGAGGAUGUCGCUGUCUACGAGGAUCUGUCGACGGCGAUCUCGACCCUCCAGGACCUUUUCAAAGACACCUCCCUCCUCUACAAGUAUUGGUCCCGUCUCAACGUGCCGGUAGAGCCGAUCACGAGCAUAACCCAUCGCGGCCGCCAGGCUCUGCAAGCGCACGAGCAGAAGGUCAUGGGUCCGAAGAUGGUUAAGAUCCUGGACGUCAUGGAGCGGUCGGACCCUGAUUACUGGCAGGCUGUCGGCAAGUCCUCAGUGCAGGAGGGCGAGGCGGUUGCGAAGUUCCCUGGGAUAGGCCCCGAGGCCGUGGCUGACGGCGUCGCCCUCAAGGCGAAGGUCAAGGGGACUUGGGGGGUGGCUGCACUUGCGAAGGAAGAGGUGGCAACGCUACUGGCGGCGCUGGGGCAUGCCGAUGCCUCCCUGGCGUUGCGCAUCCAGUGGGGCUUGUUCUCGGUUCGCAUCAGCUACUGCGCGCACGCCCACAUCGUGUCAACUUGGUCGUUGGACGGCCCCCCGCCGGGCGAUGACCUCACGGAGUCUUGGCACGCCCUGGCUGACGCUCAGAAGCUUUUGAAGGAGCUCCGUGAGUCCGAUGGCGUCGAGCAGUGCAUGAGCGAGGCGUCCUACGGAAUGCGCGCUACCUUGGGGCUGCCACUGAUGCAGUUCCCGCAGCUUGACUUGGAGGUCACGGCGGCCUCGAGCCUUUGCGACGAGCUGCUGCGUGGCACGACCAGUAAGAUGGCAUGCAGGUUGCAGAAACUGGCGGGCACCUUGGAGAGCAAAGUGCCGGCGUAUGCCCCCUACGUCGUCGAGAAGUUCGACAGCGACAAAAUCAAAGCCGAGCUCAUUGAUGUCGAUUGGGAGCCCUUCGCUCGUGACUGGGCUGCCGCGUCAAAGUUUUGCGGGGUCGUCAGGGGCAUGAACCACGCGCUGGUCGGCCAAUUCGACGUCAACUACCCCGAGUCCGUGAAGAUUGCCCUGAGAGGCCUGUCCUCAUCCCGCACGUUCAUCUCGGUUGUGUCGACGGUCAAGCUGAUUCUCGUGAAGCUUCCUCAGGCCUCGAAGUCAUCGCGCAUCACUAUGCUGAACAGCCAGCUCACCAAGUGUGCGCAGUCCAACUUGCCCGCCAACCUGAUCGAUUACCUGUCCCGCGAGGUGAGGAAGUUGAAGGGUUCGUAG